AUGCACGAAAUGGAACAAGUACAAAGCAUUAAUGAUGUAAAAGUCAUCGAUCGGGGUUUCUUGCAUGGUGAUUAUGUUGCUUCUGCUUCAGACCCAACCGGGCAAGUAGGAGUUGUGGUGGAUAUCAACGUCUCUGUUGAUUUGUUAGCUCCUGAUGGUUCAGUAGUGAACAAUGUAUCAUCCAAAGGCUUGAAGCGGGUGAGGGAGUUUGUCGUAGGAGAUUAUGUAGUACUUGGCCCUUGGCUCGGACGAGUUGAUGAUGUCAUGGACAAUGUGACUGUUUUAGUGGAUGAUGGUUCGGUCUGCAAAGUACUGGGUGCUGAACCACUCCGUCUCGAACCUAUUUCCAAGAGUUUCUUCGAUGAAGAUGAUCAUUUUCCUUACUACCCUGGGCAGCGUGUGAGAGCAAGCUCGUCCUCGGUAUUCAAGCAUUCCCGAUGAUUCUUCAACAGCUCCUGCUGA